CGACGCACAAAGCUAUUCCUCAGCACUUCAACCACGCAUCACUUCGACGAAUUAAUGCGAGAGAAUUACACAUGGCGAUGGAGCAGCGCCGACCACCAGAGUACAUCAUCGAGGUGUAUGCGGAUCCGUCCAGCUUGAAGGAUGUUAUGAGAGGCAUUCUGCACACGAUAUUCUUCCAUAGAUUCUUCCCUUCGAUACGACCUAAGACGAGAGAUGUACUAGAUCUCUGCUUACCAUUUGUAGAGGAGCCGGAGCUGGAGACUAUGAUCGAUCAACGAACAGCUGCGCUGGUCCGGCAGCUGGACACGAGUUCGGAUAUGGGGAUGCGGAGUACAGGAGUGAGGGGUCUUAUGGCAGUGCAGUUCUUCGAGAAGAAGAGGAGAAAGGCAUGGUUUACGAAGGGUGAAGAAGAGAUAUGCUGGGAGCAGUGGACAUUAAAUAUCACACUGGCCACUCCACGGACAGAAAGCGAACGAGCCAAGGUAAGGAAAGCAAUGGAGGCUAUGCUGCUCAAAGCAGCCAUGAGGAUUGUCACCACGGUAAACACUCAUAAGGACCAUAUCCCGCCAAUCACCACUAUCGAUUCCAACCCCUUCCCUUACCAGAUCAUAAUUAACCCCAAGGACAACGGCUGGGGAGCACGAAUGGGCAUUUUCUGAGUGGGGGAAUGUGAAUAAAAUAAACAAAAUCGAGGUUGUACAUACGAAAGAUGGCUCGGAGUUAGGAGUUUCAUAGAUGGUUUGGAGACAGAUACCCAAUGAAUUUGCAUGGAUU